AUGCGGUGGUCACUUCGGCUUGUCGCAGCUGCUCUUGCGGCAUCGUACCUUGGGAUCGGAGUUCAAGCGCAAGGUCCAGCCCCAGUGAACACCAAUCGCACGGGGCCGCUCUCCCAAUACAAAUCUAGACCUGAUAUCUACGCGCCUUUUCUCAACAUCUCUCUGUUUGAUGAAGACGCCGUGACUCCAGGAUAUAUUUUCAUGGGACCGUAUCAGACAUUUCAAGAGGCGGUAUAUAUCUACGACAAUAGAGGAAACCUGGUAUGGAGUGGCUUUGCUGAGACGGGAGGGGGUCCGUCGCAUAAUUUCCACGUCUGUUCGAUCAACGGCACGGAAAAUCUCUGCUUUAUUACAGCUGCCCAGAACGUCGGUUAUGGUCGAGGUUAUGCCGUGGUAUUGGAUAAUACCCUGACCACGCACACGUCUGUUCGCUCACAAAGCGGCUUGGCCAAUUUCGAUGAACACGAGUUCAACGUGCUCGAUGAUGGAGAUUCAUCUUUAUUCACGCUCUACAACCCUGAACAUCAUGAUCUGUCUGCCUAUAAUGUCUCCGGGCAGGGGUGGCUGAUGAACUGCUAUUUCCAGCACCUCGAACUCGGGACUAACAAGCCCAUUUUCGAGUGGUCUGCCAUAGACCAUGUCACUCUCAAUGAAACGUUUGUCAAACCGCUCGGGAGUGAGGUGGCGGGCGAUGGACUCACGCCGACUAGUCCAUGGGACUAUUUUCAUAUCAACAGCGUCGACCAAUAUGCGAACGGAGAUUAUCUCGUAUCCGCACGCCAUACAUGCACACUUUACAGGGUAUCUGGGCAAGACGGACACAUUAUCUGGAGGCUCGGUGGCAGCUUUUCUGACUUUGCAUUUCCUCCUGGCCUCAAUUUCAGCUUUCAACAUGAUGCCAGAAUUAGGGAGGAGAACAAGACGACGACCAUCAUUUCCCUCUUUGACAACGCCUCAAAUGGUUACAAUCAGACGUCUAGAUAUUCCUCAGGUUUGAUCCUGAAGCUGGACCACACCCGAAACACCGUCUCCCUUCUCAAGCGAUUUAUAGCCCCCGAUGAAUUCGUGUCGGCCUCCCAAGGCAAUGUCCAGCUGAUGGCUAAGGACUGGCGGACUGCGAACGCUUUCCUUGGCUGGGGUUCGAAUGCUUUUAUAUCUGAGUAUACCUCUGAUGGCAGGAUGGUCCAGCAAGGCCACUUCGCGACCACAGGAUCUAUGAAUUACCGCGCCUUCAAGAACAACUUCACGACCGACCCGACAGAUGCCCCUGCUCUGUACACCUAUGCCCACAAUGACAGUGCUCCAACUUCGUACUGGAUGAGCUGGAACGGAGCGACAAAGGUUGCCCAGUGGCGAAUUUACUCUGCCUCGGAGCGUAACGGCCCCUGGACCGUUAUCGACACGGUCAAGAAGGCAGGCUUUGAAACGACUUUCACCGCGCCCAAAUAUCAUUCCUGGAGUAUUGUUGAAAGUAUCGACGCGAAAGGAAACCCCCUAAAGAACUGCACCAGGGCGAUAAGGACGUUCGUGCCUGGGCCAGUACUUGCCGCGAAAUGUGACAGCUCUGGAUGCCCAACUGCGGUGAAGUCAUCGGCAAGUACUCCAACGACGAGCUCAUCAUCUGCAUCUAGCUCGAGUGCUGCUGCAUCAAAGUACAAACGAGACGGCAUGACUAGCGAGCUAGGUGUGGUUGCUAUGUUUGGCAUGGGCUGGCUCCUGGGCUAA